AUGCUCCGUCAGAUCAUCGGGCAAGCCAAGAAGCAUCCCAGCUUGAUUCCUCUCUUCAUAUUUAUUGGAGCAGGAGGUAUUGGAGCAGCACCGUAUGUGAUGCGCCUGGCAUUGUUCAAUCCAGAUGUCAGCUGGGACAGGAAAAAUAACCCAGAGCCUUGGAACAAACUGGGUCCCAAUGAACAAUAUAAGUUCUACUCAGUGAAUGUGGACUACAGCAAACUGAAGAAAGAAGGCCCUGACUUCUAAACCAUGAAGCUCACCAUAAAGCUGCUUAUAAUGAAGAUCUUUCAGAAGCAUCCGCACAAUUUUCCACUUGA